AGAUAGUAUUUCGUGUACCGCGUGCGACUCGGAAGUUGGAUCCGCCAUGUCAGGAACACAGGCGGAAUCACAAGAGCUGCUACUAGCGCUAGAUCGGGAGGACAGGGCAAGGUUCGAGGAACAUUAUGGAAAGAUCCGGACCUACGCGUACUGGGGGACACCACGAGGGCAGAUAGAUGCACUCCAAAAAUGGGCCAAUCUGAACGACCAAGAAAAGACCGACUUGAUCGCGAACCCGAACGUCGAGCCACCUUCUCCGACCGCGAGCGAACAACAACACAUCAACGAUGUUAUGGCCUCCGGGGAAUGGGUGUAUGCCCGCGUACUGGAUCCCAGCUUCGGGGAUCACGAUAGGAAUAAGACGUGGCCUCCUCAUCGGACGAUAUAUCUCUACGUCAACGUCGACACCGACUACAACAUAAUUGACCGGGUGGUAGUUAAACGGAGCGAGCAUUCCCGUGGCGAGGGUGGCGCUAAGUCGAGAGAAUAUCUCCUACAUGAGGCAAGAUUGCAUGAGAAGCUGUCUGACGUUGGCUGUAAGCACAUUAUCGGCUUGCGGAGCUGGGGUGAUUCAGACCACGAGAAUGUGUUCCUGCUAUACAUGGAUUACGCCCCGGGUGGAGAUAUAUGGCAAAUCGAAGGAAUAGCACGAAGGAAUAAAAAACAGAUACCAGAGAUAUAUCUGUGGGUCAUAUUCGACGCGCUCGCGGAAGCCCUCUACGUGCUCCAAAUCGGAAACUCGUCACAAUUUGACGCCAACGGCGAAUUCAUACCACAAGCACCGCAGCCAGGCUGGAACAGAAUCGUCCACCGCGACAUCAAACCUGGAGAUAUCUUCCUCGGUGACCCAAACCCGCCAUACAUGGGCUACCUCACCCCAAUGUUGGGCGACUUCGGCACUGCGCUCGAAAUGACGGACGGUUUGGAAUUCGAGCGCAGACAAGGAACACCGGGAUGGAAAGCCCCUGAGCAAAUGUACUCCCAAGCGGACGUUGCGAGACUAUCGAAACCCGAGCAAGAUGCCCUCGUUUUCAAGGAUAAAACCGACAUCUGGGCCGUCGGGCUCGUCAUGUGGCAGCUGAUGCGAAGCAGCAGCUACGCUUACAGACACCUAAAAGACAUUCGAGUAAAAAUAAUGGACUUCGAGGAGCCAGAGCUCGAGAGUCCGUAUGCGGAUGGAAUAGUAGACGACCAUCUGAAAAACUAUGGCGCGAUGUACUCAACGAAUUUGGAGCGCCUGGUGCAGAAGUGUGUUGAGGCGCAGCAAGAAGACCGACCGGAUAUCAAUCAGCUGAGGAGAAAUGUGCGGAGGGAGUUAGUUAAAGCGAAGGGGAUAUUUGGGGAUCCUGAGGUUGCGGGCCCGGAGCUCUUGAUGGAGCAUCUGAAGGUGAGGUUACAAGAUGAUGCCUUCGGGGUGGGUGCGCAGGGCCCGCAGGGGAAGAGGAGGAGGCCGCCGGAUGGAGUGGAUUCUGCGGCUGUCGCGGGAGGGGCCGUUGUGGCACCCCCAGAAGAUCCCCUGGGAGACCCCCAAGAUGACCCCCAGGAAGACCCCCGAGAAGACCCUCAAGAAGAUCUCCAGGAAGACCCCUCAGAAGCCCCCCUGCCAGGGCCCCCACCUGGUUGGGCAAAAGCUGCAGAACCGACCAACGUCCAUGAACUCGGGGUUUUCUCUCGAAAUCAAAAAGCAAUUCCCGCCGCCGAGAGAGCAGGGUUCCUGUGGUGGUUGGGGGGAUUUAGAGGUGGUCAAGUCGAGGAUACGAAGAGCGCCGCUUGGUAUAAAGGGAAAAAUUACAAGCAUCUUAAGACAAAGUGGGACGCCUUGUCUGAUGCCGAUAAAGCAAUGUAUAGGAGCUGGGGAUAGUAAGGGUGGUGGUACAUUUACUACCAUUAGAUUAUCCAUUUGAAAUUCACUGACUGAAAUUCACUGAGUCACAUGACUUUUAACGCAUCGCUCAUAGCAUUCAACGACAUCUAUAGUUUAGAGCAUCAUUAAUCAGUCCAGAGUCAUGAUAGUUUUGGUCGACUGCGAUAUUCUCUCAUUGGGUAAUAAAGUAGUCUGUUAUAUGUUUAAUGAUACAACGUUAUACCACUCUAAUGUGCACGCUGCCCAACCCCCGCUGCUCACGUGACCCUUCGCCGCUGUGGCUGAGUUCGGCUCAGGCCCGGCUCAGCUUCGGCGCAGUCUCAGAUGUAACUUACCCACCAGAAAUUGUCAAGUUUUAGCGAGGGGCCUCAAUUCUGUCCCGGGUCAACGAAUUUGGGCCCCAUAUAGUUUUG